AUGACCAAGAAAGGCAAAGCCCCUCUGUCCCUCAUGGUCAGGAUCAUAGACACGGCCCCCGAGCUUACUGUGCACGACGGCUUCUUCAAGGUCAUCAUCGGCGUCCUUCGCGAGCACGUCGAGCAGUACAAGCAGGGCUUCGGCUUCGUUGUCAUCGAGCUUCGCAAGGGUACAAUCUGUCUCAUGUUCGAGAACAUUGCCAGCGAUGGUCCUGUCAAGAUCACGGCCUGCGAUACUGACAUGAUCCGGACCGCGACCUCGGGGAGAGAAGUCGAUGAGAGCUACUUCAAGGCGCUGCUGGAGAAGAUCGGCGAGGGCUGCAAGCAGACUCAUAUCAUCCACGACUGUCCAGACUUGUCCACUGGUUGUGGCAUGUCUCGAGCCGCCAAGUUCCAGCAGAAGCAGGUCGAGAAGAACGCCAUGAGGUACCUCACAAAGCAUGCCGAGGCGAAGGUCAUGAAGGAUUUUCUCUGGAUCCACAUCUACAUCCCACCCGGCGAUUAUGCUUGGUCACUGUCCCAGAUAUUGGCUCCUUAA